AUGCUUAAAGAUGAAAUGUCAUUUGAUUUCGAUUUGGGAAUAUAAACUUUUAAACACUACUUUCAUGAUAAAUGCUUGACUUAAACCUUUGAUAGUUAUUAAAUUAUGGAUUAAGAACAUGGGUAUGGGUUUAAUUAACAUAAGUUUUAUUGUCCAAUAUGUAAAUUACAUACGAAUUGUAGAUAUCCAAUUUCAAAAAUUGACAAUCACAAAGUUAAUAGUUUUAAUUCAGAUUUAAUUUUCAUUUAUUCUUAAAUAAAUAUGGAUGAUGAAUUUGAAGAUGAAUUACAUUCGUAAAUUAACUUAGUUAAAAUUUACAUAAAUCUAUUUUAUGAUUUGCUGAUCUAAUUAUUUAUUAAUCCUUAAAAUUAUAGAAAAGCUAAAAAAAAUAUAUUAUUUAAUCAAUUAUUUUGUUGCUUUUAUGAAACAAUUUAAGAUAUGAAUUAAUAGGAUAUAGAAGCAUAGCAAUAAUUACAAAAUAUUCGAUAGAAAAAUAAUUUCUGA